CGUCAGUCUCACUGCCUACUAGUACGGUACCUCCUCCACCAGCUCUUGUCCCAUCAACUAUACCUCGCCGCCCCUCUCCCUCUCUGGCAGUACUUGGAUAUCAUAAUUUCUCCUCGCUCCCGAUAAUUACUUUCCCCAGACUUUCAUAAUGUUCCGAAACAACUAUGAUAACGAUGCGGUUACCUUCUCCCCGCAGGGUCGGAUAUUUCAAGUAGAAUAUGCGCAAGAAGCCGUCAAACAGGGAUCCGUCGUGGUGGGCCUGGUUAACAAGACACAUGCCGUUCUGGUCGGCCUGAAGCGAAAUGCCGAAGAGCUCUCCUCAUACCAGAAGAAGAUUAUCGAAAUUGACUCCCACAUGGGCAUCGCUAUCGCCGGUCUUGCAUCUGACGCUCGUGUGCUCUCCAACUACAUGAAGCAGCAGUCACUCGGCUCUAGAAUGACUUACGGCCGACCAAUCCCCGUGGACCGCAUCGUUACUCAGAUCGCCGACCGCGCCCAAACAAACACCCAGCAUUACGGUAAACGGCCGUACGGUGUCGGCCUGCUCGUCGCUGGCGUUGACGAAGCUGGCCCCCAUCUAUUCGAGUUCCAACCAUCCGGUAUGAUCCAUGAAAUGCUGGCCUGCGCCAUCGGAGCUCGUUCGCAGAUGGCCCGGACUUAUUUGGAGCGGAACCUGGACAAGAUUACAAACAGUACCCGUGAUGAGCUCAUCACCCAUGGUCUCCGGGCUCUCAAGGAGACUUUGUCCCAGGACAAGGAACUGACUGUUGAUAAUACUUCUGUCGGUGUGGUGGGUCUUGCCGGAGAGGAAGGAAAGGGAAAGAUUGAGAGCUUCAAGCUUUACGAGGGUCAACAACUCGUACCGCUGCUAGAGGCUGUAGAGUCGGGAGAGACGAAAGAAGAGGAGACGAUGGAGGUCGAUUCGUAGGUUUCGAGGUUACGCCCAUAGAUAUGAAAAUAUUGGUCAUUGCAAUACUGGAGAUUUGCAGCAGCUCUUCUGUCUUUCCUCGGAUUGUUAUACGCAGGCAUUAGUACGAAAUCGGGAUAAUACGACAUUUACUCUCCAGACGCAGU